AUCUAAACGUCAAGUGGCAGAGCAAAGGAAUCGCGAGAUCGAGAAACAGCUAAAAGAUAAGCCGCAAGUGCUGCAGUAGAAGCUGUCAAAUGCAUCGACCAAGGAGAAGAAAGCGAAAGACAUGCUCAAAAUGGAGAAGAAUGCACAUGAAGAAACAAAGCAAAAGCUAUCCGAGAUCGAAAGAAAGCUCAAGGACAGUGAAAAACAGGUAGCAGAGUUGCAGAGACAGUUGGCCAUUUUGAAGGAAGAACUUAUACUUGUUAAUGCAAGGAACAAAGAGUUAGCCUCCCAAACUCUGAUGCUGAGGGAAGAUCCAAUAAUCCUUCCGGCAGUACAGCUGACUCAGGCGUUGGAAACAGAGAGGAGGCUGAAAGAGCAUGAGAUCAGAAUAAAUGAACUUAAGAAACAACUCGGGAAUGAGACAUCUAAACGUCAAGUGGCAGAGCAAAGGAAUCGCGAGAUCGAGAAACAGCUAAAAGAUAAGCCGCAAGUGCUGCAGCAGAAGCUGUCAAAUGCAUCGACCGAGGAGAAGAAAGCGAAAGACAUGCUCAAAAUGGAGAAGAAUGCACAUGAAGAAACAAAGCAAGAGCUAUCCGAGAUCGAAAGAAAGCUCAAGGACAGUGAAAAACAGGUAGCAGAGUUGCAGAGACAGUUGGCCAUUUUGAAGGAAGAACUUACACUUGUUAAUGCAAGGAACAAAGAGUUAGCCUCCCAAACUCUGAUGCUGAGGGAAGAUCCAAUAAUCCUUCCGGCAGUACAGCUGACUCAGAUGCCUGAUGAUCUGCUAGCCUUCAUAAAGGAAAACAAGGACAAACUCAUCGUCAUCCAUGUCUACUCACAUGCACGUGUGAAGAUUGUAGAUGUGGAGAAGAUAAAAGGGAGAAUUGUGGAAAAAUUGAGUCAUGCAGUCUUCCUGGAUGCAGAUUUGGAGGAUACUGAAGUAAUGGAGUUCUUCUGUUCCUGGAAGCAGCCUGCGAAGCAGCGUUUUGUGAACGUCGUCAUGCUCUUCAUUCCACUGUGA